AAUAUUCAAACUCAAAUAUCAGAUUAAUGCGAGAUUUGGAUUUUUAAUCUUUGAUUGGUUACCGAGAAAAUACAGAAACAAAUUGAAAAUUUGAGUCCCUGAUCAAUUCAUCGUGAUAGAUCCUUAAAAGUAGUGUGAAUUCUAUGUGCUUCAUUGGUUUGUUUUGUUGGGCACAACUAGUUUGGAUUGUUAAAGGUGGCUUGAAAGUAAAAUGAGUCAUACUUUUAUCGAAAACCAAACAGGGUGUGAGCAUUAACGCCCCUCUUUUAUUUUGCAGAGAUCUAAAGUUUCUUGGCAUUUUAACUUUUCAUUUGUUAGAUCCAUGUGAUAUACGAAUUUAUUUGAUGUUGUUGAAUGCUUGCUAUAUUAACUCAACAAAGAGCUCAAUUCGUAGACAUUGGAAAUGUUAGCCAUUAGGAUUUUGAGUAAUAUAGGGUUUGGUGACCAUUAUUAGAACGCUUUGGGACUGUUAGAAAAUGAUGUUCUUUCAUUUAGGUCGGGUUGUAUGAUUUGUGCAAGUUGGGAAGGAGUAAUUGGAUGAUGGGAAUCACUUUCGGGUGUACAAGGUGGACCACAUGAAGCACCUGCGAUAGUAAAUGUGAUGGCCUGUUCGGCGCAAUGUCGUAACACCAGAGUUGCUGGGAAUGGUGACCGGUUACCCAAUUGUUGUCUGCAACUUAACUUCACAAGUCAUACGGUUGGUUUCCCUUCCUGGCCAAUUGCAUGCAUCCCCAAGGUCGUGGGUUCUCAAUUGCUACCACCUGGCCUUACAGCAUACUGACACAAAUUAGGAAGGAUAAUGUUCGAGAUAGAGAUGGAAUCAUGCCCUUCCGUAAAGUGCAUUCUUCUUCUUGAUUAUGAAGGAAACCGUGUUGCAGCCAAGUAUUACUCAGAUGAUUGGCCAACAAAUAGUUCAAAGUUAGCUUUUGAAAAAACUGUGUCUACUAAGACUUUGAAGUCUAAUGCUCGGGUAGAAGCGGAUAUAUCUCUGUUCGAGAACAACAUUGUUAUUUACAAGUUCGCCCAGGACCUGCACUUCUUUGUGGCUGGAGGUGAUGAUGAAAAUGAACUCAUCUUAGCUACAGUUCUUCAGGGUUUUUUUGAUGCAGUUGCCCUUCUCUUGAGGAACAAUGUUGACAAAAGGGAGGCACUUGAGAACCUGGAUCUCAUUCUUUUAUGCCUAGACGAGAUUGUUGAUGGAGGGAUUAUACUCGAAACAGAUGCCAGUGUUAUUGCGGGAAAAGUGGCGACGCAUACAAUGGAUGCUGGCGCACCAUUGUCUGAACAAACUAUAACUCAAGCAUGGGCUACAGCACGUGAACAUCUGACAAGAACCCUUCUCAAUUGAUUCAUGCCUGCUGCACAGGGAGAAAAAGGAGUUGGGUUCUUUUGGUUGUUUAAAUUGUCUCAUCUGCAGCCUAGAAAAUAUCGUUCUUUUCCUUUGUUUAGCCGAAUUUUUGGGGCUUCUUCUUAGGUACCACUCAAAUCUGUUCUUGUUCUUUUCUUCUCUCUAACCAGCUGUUUCUAUUGAUUUUGAUUUUGCCUUGCUGCCUGUGGGCCGUGGCAUGAUCAAAUAAACAAUUGAAUUUGUUGAUGAACAAUCCCAAAAGCGACAAGCACCUUGAAAAGAGACAGACAAUGCCUGCAAUUAUAUAAUAAAACUUAUGAAAUUGGCAAAGUUUGAUAUUGAUAUGUUUAAGUAACGA